GAACAGCGUAGCGAGAAACCAUGAAAGCAACCGCUGCGGCCACGGCUUCGGCCAUGGCCCUGUGCUCCUGCGGAACAUCGAGCGCUUUCACGACACACACGUCGUUCUCCCGAGUCUCCGCGCCACGCAAUGCCGUGGGCAGGGCAAGUGCAAAGGGGAUGCUGCGGCCACGAACGUUGAAUAUGGCCGUGGCCAUCCCCCGGGCGGUGUCUGUGGAAGCAGCGCCUCCGGCGACGAUUGAUAUGGAGGGCGUGCAGCUGAGUGGACUGAACGGGCUGGCGCUCAAGCCGAAGACCUUCCCCACGAAGCGGGAGGUGAUGGAUGUUAUUCCCAAGCAUUGCUUCGUGAAAGAUACCGUUCGAUCAAUGAAGUACGCCGUGCUGUCGUGCGCCAUCACGCUGUCUAUGGGCGGGCUCGCUGCGGCCUUCCUUCCUCUCAAGCUGGCCAUGCUGCCGGCUUGGAUCGCGUAUGCCGUCGCUUGCGGCACCGCGGCGACUGGGGCGUGGGUGGUGGCGCACGAGUGUGGGCACGGCGCGUUCUCAGAUAACAGGAAACUGCAGGAUGCUGUCGGCUACGUACUGCACUCGGCUUUGCUGGUUCCGUACUUCUCGUGGCAACGCAGCCACGCGGUGCACCACGCCCACACCAACCACAUGGAGAAGGGGGAGACGCACGUGCCCGAGAUGGUCAGCCACAAGGGCUUCGGCCUCCAGAAGCAGCGCAAGCUGUUCCGUACUGUGCUGGGCAAGAAGCUCGGCACCGUGGCCUACGGGGUAACCCAGAUGUUCAACCACCUUGUGGUGGGCUGGCCGGCGUACCUCUUGUUCGGCGCCACCGGCGGGCCCUCGCGAGGCAUAACGAGCCACUUUUUCCCGCACCCCCCCUUCUCGACCGGGGAAAAGGGCACCGACCUCUACCCGGGGAAGUGGAAGAAGAAGGUCUGGCUGUCGGACGUGGGCGUGGCGGGCAUGAUCGCCGGGCUCGUGGCGUGGGCCUCCAAGGCCGGGGCGAUGCAGGUGGCGGCGCUGUACGGCGGCCCGCUCAUGGUGGUGAACGCGUGGCUGGUGCUCAUCACGUGGCUGCAGCACACGGAUGUGGACGUGCCGCACUUCGAGGCGGACAACUGGAACUUCAUCAAGGGCGCGCUGCACACCGUGGACCGCCCGUACGGCAAGGUGCUGGACUUCUUGCACCACCGCAUCGGGUCCACGCACGUCGCACACCACGUCGACUGCACGAUCCCACACUACCAUGCUCUGGAGGCGACCAACGCCAUCAAGGAGGCCUUCCCGGAGCACUACCUGUACGACCCCACCCCGCUGCCCCAGGCGACCUGGAGGCUGGCCACACAGUGCGCCGGGGUGGAGAAGCGCGGCGACAUGCAUGUGUUCGUCACGAAAGAGUAAAGGAGGUCGGUAACUACGUGUGCCUUUGAUGGUC